AUGGAAGAGGGGGAGAAGGAGCGGGAGAGGGAGAGGGAGAAGGAGAGGGAGAGGGUGAGAGUGGAGCAGAGGCAGAGAGAGGAGGAGCGGCGGGUGAGGCAGCAGAAAGAAGUCCAGAGGCGAAAGGAGAGGCGCGGAGAUGAGCUAUCAGGGAAGGCCAUGGGGGAUCCUCUUCGUGUGAUCGCCUGGGUUGCGGGAGCAGGAGUGUCGUCUGCUGCUUUCGGCGAGCCAUCCAGCUCGUUUGGAGCACCUUAUCAGGCGUCUCCGGAUCAUUCUCAGGGUGUUAGGGCAGCAGUGGAGGCGGCAGAGGAUGUGGCUAUAGCGGGGGAUGAGGAGCAGCAGGAGGGCGUGGCUGUGACUGUAGGCGCGUGUGACUUAGCUGCAGUGCGACAGCUGCAGGGGAAUGCGAGGAAGCGAGUCUCCCAAUUUCUCCUUCACCCCCCUCUCCAUCCCCCAGUGGCAGCAGCAGAGGCGAUGGCGCAGCAGGUGGGGGCAUUCGAGUCCACGUUGGCAGCAGCAGAGGCGAUGGCGCAGCAGGUGGGGGCGUUUGAAUCCACGUGUGGGGCAGCAGGGCGGGGAAGCGAGGAGGUGGUUAGGGUGGCCAUUCAACAGCUGAUGGAGGUCGUCGCCAAUCAAGGCCUCACACUCCAUAGGCUUUCCGCUACAGCUGCUACAGCUGCUCCCGCUGCUACAGCCCCUACAGCCGCUACAGCCACUACAGCCGCUACAGGCGGGGAGGAGGAGCAAUGGGAAGAUCCCUUGGUGUUGGCCGUGGGAGGGGUGGUGGGAGCAGCGGCUGCGGCACUUAAGAGCUGGCUAAGUGUCGUUGUGGAGGGGAGGAAGGGGAGGAAGGGAGGAGUGGGAGGAGGUGGAGGUGCGGGGAAGGUGGCAACUGGUGCAGGUGCAUCUGGUGGGCAUGUACUGUUGCAGCCGCCCAAGGCUGCUCUAGCUGUAAGGAGGCUCGUGAUGUGCUGGACGUUGUGGCGGCAUGAGCUGGCACGGCUGCACUCGCGCCUAGUCAGCGUCGUCUGCCGCUCCCAGCUGAUGUCAGCAUGCGGCCGCAUGACCUGGCAGCCAGCAUCGCCAGCUCAGCUCCCGGGCCAGGACCACACGAUGGCCCCUGCUGACGUGGCAAUGGCGUCUGCUUGCGCUUUCCUGGACCAAGCGAUAGACAUUCGGCAGCAGCAUGAGGGGUGGGAGGAGGCGAUGACAGCAGCUGCUCUGGUGUGCGACCUGGAAGCUUCCUCAGGCAUCAGCAACACCGGUGGUGCUGACGUGGACAGGUGGAGGCGCUUCCUGGAGCCACUCACAGACAGCCACGUGGCAGACAUUCUCGAAGGCGACCUUGCCAGCUGGCGGGCGGUGCAGGGCAUCUACUGGGCGGCAGUGGCCCGGGAGGAGGAGGCACUGGCGGGGCUGCUGCAGGCGCGACUGGGGGAGGUGCCAUCCGCCAUGGGGCGGCUGCAGCUGCUGGCGCAGUGCUCGUCCUUUACUGCGCUGCCGCGGGUGUCAGCACGCCUGCAGCACGACUUGCAGCAAAUGCUGCACGAGGUGGCAGCAGACGUGCGAGCACUGGAGGAGCAGCUAUGGCACCCAACCGCAGCCUGCCACGUGUCCUCUCUUGCCCAGCUCAGGGGCGUGCCACGUGUUGCCGCCUCAGUGGCCCGCGCCAAAGCCAUUCACGGGAAGCUGAGGGCGCUAGACGCGGCCCUGCACGCUCUGCUGGGUGACAGCUGGCGCAGCGGGAUUGGUCGGGCGGGGAGGGGAGGGAGCAGGAGGGGAAGAGGCGCGGGGGGAGCGGUGGGGAUGGGUGGAGAUGGGGAGGGAGGGGUUGAGUGUGGUGGGGCGGGGUGGGGAGCGGUGACGGACGGUGGGCUGCGGAGGUCGAUUGCUCGGCUGCUGGAGGAGGCGUUGCAGCAAACGGACCCUCAGAAAGUGCGUGUUUACCGUCAAUCAGUGGCUGCAAGAAAAGCUCGCUCCCUGCUCGUCCCCCUGCUCGUCUCCCUGCUCGUCCCCCUUACAAGUGACUCUCUCUCUCCCCCUUCGUCCAUCCCUCCACUCUCCCUUCAGACCGUCAACCAGUGGCUGCAAGAAAAGCUCGCUCCCCACACUGGCAGCACCAGCAGCAGCAGCAUGAGCGCGGAGGAAGCAGAGGAGGCUCUCAGAGGCCCUGUGCUCACCUCCUGCUCGUCCCGCCCGCCCCUGGCUGACGUCAGCAACAGCAGCGCGGCUACAGCCGGGGAGGAGGAGCAGGCGGAGCCGCUGCUACAGCUGCAGGUGAGGGGGAGAGACAAUGAGGGGUGGAAGGUUAGGGGAGGAAGGUUAGGGGUGGGACACUGGCAGGUGAGGGGUGGAAGGUUAGGGGUGGGACACUGGCAGGUGAGGGAUGGAAGGUUAGGGGUGGGACACUGGCAGGACGGGGAGAUGAGGCACAGACGACUUGUGUAUGGGGAGGAGGAGCAGGCGGAGCCGCUGCUACAGCUGCAGGUGAGGGGUGGAAGGUUAGGGGUGGGACACUGGCAGGUGCAGUACAAGACAAGCCUGCUGCAUCUGAGCGAGGAGGUCCGCACCCUUCGGGCAUUAGGCUUCCACAUCCCGCACCACCUGCUCGCCUGCGCCCUCUCCGCCUCUGCUGCCGCCUCCUCCGCAUCCACCAUCUCACGAGCGCUCGAGAGCUUUGCUGAUGUCAGCGCUGGCGUCAGCAAGGGCGUGCUGCCGCUGGUGGUGGCUUCGCGAGAAGCGGUGCUGGGGUUAAUGCAGAGCGGUCAGGGAGUGGUGUGGGAGGAGGAGGGAGCAGGACGAGUUGGCGGUGUGCCUGUGGGUUGCCGUGGGGUGGGGGGAAGCUUGGCGUAUGAGUCUCCCCUUCCACUCCAAUGUCUAUUGCGGGAUAAGAGACGACUUUUGACGUGCCUCAAAUGCCGUGGGGGGAACUUGGCGCAUGAGUCUCCCCUUCCACUCCAUCGUCUCCUGACUUCCCCUCAUGUUACCCUUGGUUCCCCUACUGCCCGCACUGCAGGCCAGGGCGUUGUGUGGGAGGAGGAGGACGAGUUGCAGUGUGCCUGUGGAAGUGUGGUGUGGGAGGAGGAGGACGAGGUGGAUGAGUUCGCCGUGUGCCUGUGGGAUGCAGUGGAGGCGUUUUCAUCUGCAGCUGCUGCGGCCAAGGAGAGGCAUGAGGCGGCAUGGCAGUGCCUUGAGCAGAUUCGUUCGUGUGCCUAUAAGGACCUGCCAACUCAUCUCCGCCAGCUGGCGCACGCGGUAAUUGCAGCGAUCUCCCGGCCGCCUUACCCGGCUGCCAUGUCAGCUGCCACGUCAGCAGUGUGGCAGCAUGAGGUGGUGGUGAGAGAGAUUGAGGCUGUGCUUUCACUGCACGGGCCCUCUGGUGUAGUGAAGGAACGAGCUGGUGGAGGAGCCGACGCAGCAGGGGCGGCAGGAGCGGCAGGGGCGGCAGGAGUAGUGGGAGGAGAUUUGAAUGGCGGGGAUGGGAGCGAGACUGAGUCGUUUGUGCUGCAGCUUCUGCAGGAGCAGAUGGGGAUGCUGACGCACCGAGUGGCUGUGAGGGGGUCAAACGCAGGGGCGGUUAGAGUGGAAGGAGGAGGAGCGAGUGGCAGGAUGGAGGUGGAGGUACAGCCUCCUCUCUGCGAGUCUCAGCAGCGGCUCCAGGACUGUGUUCAGCUGUUGCUCGCUCCCGCUCUCUCUGCUGCUGCAGAGGCCAAUAGCGUCCUCUCCUCCGCCUCUGCGGCUUUCUUGCUCCCUCCCACUCCCUCGAAUGGUCCCUCUGCUGCUGCUGAAGCCAGCAGCAUGCACUCAUCCGCCUCUGCUGCCCUGCAUCCCAUGGCUGCUGGUAACUUCAGUGACGUCAGCAGCAGCGACAGCAUGGGUAGCUAUCACAGCACUGCAAGGGGCGGGGCUAGUGUGGGCAGUCUGUUAGUAGUGAGCUGUGUGGUUCCGGCUCGGCUGGAGGCGUGUGCGUAUGGGGUGGUGGAUGCAGUGGUUGGGGCGGCUGAGGGGUGGGUGGGCGAGUGGAGGGUGAGAGUGGCACAGGCGGAAGGGAAGAUGGAGAGAUGCGCCCGUGCUGCUGCUGCUGCUGCUGUAGCUGCUGCUGCUGCUGCUGCUGCCCCAGCUGCUGUUAGCGAAAGUUCCAACACCUCCCUUCCCCCGCCUUCGACUGAACUCUGGCGUUCCCUUAUGAACGAAAUUCAGCAGGUUCGUAACCAGCUGGCUGCCAAACCUGCAGUGGUUAGGUUCGGCACAGCUGACCGAACCUCGCUCUUAGCCUUGGACGCAGGCUCGGUGAGGGAGGCACUGGUGGGUCGGUGUGAGGCUUGGAUUCGGGCGGCUGAGGAGGAUAUAGAAGGCAGGGCGGUUCGGGGUUGUAGAGAGGCGAUUAAAGAGGUAUCUGAGCUGAAGAAACUACUGGAGUUGAUUAAGAGGGAGGCAGAGGGGGAACUUAUGAGUAGAGAUAGGGAACAGAGGCUCGGGCGAGUGAGAGAGGGAGAGGAGGGUGAGGAGGGGGAGCAGGGAGAGGAGGAACAGGAGGGAGAGAAGGGAGCGGAGAACAAGGCAGCUAUGGGUAAUGGUGGUGCGGAUAAGGGUGAAGGAUUGAGUGGGGAUGUGCGGAGGCUGGUAGAGCAUCUAGAGAGAGUGAGGGAGGCGGAGAGGAGGGUAGGAGAGGUGAGUGAUGGAGUGGAGAAACUCAGGCCGUUAGUAGAGGCGGCUGUUUCUAAGGGAGGGGGAAGUGGCAAGGGGAAAAGGAGCACUAGCAGCAGCAGCAGCGGUGGUAGGAGCAGUAGUGCCGGGGUUGGGAUGGCGCUGGUACAGGCAAGCUGGAAAGAGCUGGAGAAGGAGUGGGGAGAAUUGGAAUGGGCAAGAAAGGCUGUAUUGGGAGGGAGAAAGGCAGGAGCAGAAGCAGCACGAAAGGGAGUAGAAGCUGCAGCAGGAGAAUCCCCCAGCGGGAUAGUUUUCCUCCAGGGGCUUGUGAGCAUGCAGGUGUUGAGUGCGGUGCAGGUGCAUGUGGGGGAGGUGGGGAGGCGUAUGGAGGAGCUUGAGACGUGGUGGGACGCUGCUGCUCCUACCAGUGCGGAUUGCUCUCGAGGCAGGGCUGCUGGGGCGCUGGUGCAGUGCGCACGCUUAGUGGGGCAGCUUAAAACGAGGAUAGAGCUCAUGAGGAGGGCGAUUGGGCUGGUGGGAGGGGCGGGCGGGGAGGAGGAGGAGGAGGAGGAGGAGGUGGGGAGAGUGGAGGGGAGGUUAGAGAGGGUGGUUGCAGAGGGGGAGGAGAUGCAGCGUAUGUGGCUGUUGAUUAAUCAUCUUUUGGAUGUUAUUGCCUCUGUGGAGGGGAUUAGGGUUGCGGAUUUCAACCCUGAAUCGGACUUAACCCCUCUGCACUCCGCCUUGAGCGACGUGAACCAGGAGGAAGAGGUAUUCGGGCAGCACGGUGCGUUCCGGGCAGUUCAAUCGGCUGCCCGGAAACUAAUUGCGAGCCUAGGUCUGGUGUCGAAGCUAGUUAAAGCCUCGCUGCAAGAGGCCCAUUGGAGAGCCCUCGCCCGAGCAUUGGGGUUCCAAGCCAAGGGCGGGCUCGGCGCCGGAGGUACCCUGCAGGUUCGGGAUCUGGUUCGGGCGCUGGGAGGCUUGGAGGGUCGGGCGGCAGCGGAGCAGGUUUUAUCUGCCGUCCAGGGGGAGGUGGCAUUGAGACAGUUUAUGGAUAAGGUUGAAAAGGAGUGGGGCGAGCAGGAGUGGGCUUUUAAGGGGUUUAGAGACAAGUGGAAAAUCGUGGGGAAUUUGGGGGUGGUUGGGGAAAUGGUGCUAGAGCAUUUGAGUAUGCUUGGAGCGAUGAAGCAGUCUCCCUUCUUCCCUCCGUUUAGAGAGGCUGUGAGGGAGUGGGAGGGGCGACUGGGGCAGCUGAGUGAGCUGGUGGAUGCGCUAGCAGACGCGCAGUCCAAGUGGGUCCGUUUGGAAGCACUCAUGACGUCACCUGCCGUCCGGUCGAUGCUACCCGACACGCACCGCGCCUUCCACGAAGCUUCCCUCCCGUUCACGGAGUUCCUGGGAUCGCUCGCCGCCCGCCCUCUCGCGAUCGACCUGGAGGGACUUGCGGACGAGGACGACGGAGCCGGGCGGCAGGUUUUGGCGGUUUGUGCGGAGGUGUUUGGGCGGGUGCUUUUGGAGGUUCAGGCACAUCUGGACAAGCAGAGGCGGAUGCUGCCAAGGCUGUACUUCCUGGGGGAUGACGAUCUGUUACAGCUCAUCUCUGCUUCGCCCUCUGAUUUAUCUGCGGUAUGGCUACCAAAGCUGUACUUCCUGGGGGAUGACGAUCUGCUGCAGCUCAUCUCCGCCUCGCCCUCAGACCUUGUGCGGAUGCUGCCAAGGCUGUACUUCCUUGGAGACAACCAUCUGCUGCAGCUCAUGUCUGCCGACCUCUCUGCGCUUAAAAGACAAGCAGAGGAGGAUGCUGCCGAGGCUGUGCACGUGCACAUUCGCAAGCUCUCCACUGCAGUACACGUGCACAUUCGCAAGCUCUUCACAGCAGUCUCAGGCAUUGAAGUAUCGGCAGUCUCUGAUACCAUUUUGCCAGAAAAGAGUACAGCAGAGGAUGUAGUGAAGUUUGCACCUUCAGGGGACGCAGGGAAGAGAGUAUUUAUCACCGCAGCUCUUUCCGACGGGGAGCGGCUCGUGCUGCACCAACCAGUGGAGCUUGCGGAAGGUGCUGCCACGUCAGCGAGUGCCACGUCAGCGGAUGCCACGUCAGCGGGUGCCACGUCAGCGGAAGGACAGAAGCCAGCAGGAGCCACCAAGUGGCUGCUGGAUCUCGACAUGGCGCUGCGGACGACUCUGAGCGACCUGGUUGUGUCAGCGGUCGCUGAGCUGGCGGCGUGUGAUUGGCUGUCGACUGCUGCGGCUGGGAAGAGGGAGAAGAGCAAAUGCAGCGGGAAGGAGGGAAGUGGCGGCGGAGUGAGGAGGAGUGGAGUGAGGAUGGGCGGUAGCAGCAGGAGGAAUGGAGGAAGGUUCCUCGAGUGGCUGGGGAAGCUGCCUUUGCAGCCGGCGCUGCUAGCUCUUCAAGUGAGCUGGACUGCUCUGGUUGAAGGGAUUUUGGCAGGCGAGGAACGGGAGGUAGAUGAGCAAGGGGUGCAAGUGAGGGGUGGAAAGGAAGCAGGGCUGGAGGCUCUGGUGGUGGGGCUGGAGGGGCUUCUGCAGUGGCUGGCACGUGCCGUGAGGGAGCGGAGAGAGCUGGCUAGGAAAGCAGCGGGGGCAGGAGGAGGAGGAGCAGGCAGAGCAGCAGGGGGAGCAGGGGGAGUAGGAGAGGGGGCAGGUGGCGAGGAGGGGAGGUUGAUGGAGGCCAAGUGUGAGGCGGUGAUUACUGUGUUGGUUCACCUGCUGGAGAGCAGUAAGGCGCUGCUGCUGGAGCAGCAGGAGGAGCAGGCACGGGCAGAGAAGGAGGAGGAGGAGGAUAAGGAGAAUAUGGAGUGUGCAGGGCUUCAGCAGAAGCAGAAGCAGAAGCGGAAGGAGAGGAAGCAACACGGGCUCUCCCUCUCCUCCUUUGCCUGGCGAAAAUGCCUCCGAUACUACCUCGACCCUUCCCUCCCUCCCCUCCACCGCCUCUCUGUUCAAAUCGCAGACGCCUCUUUCACCUACGGGUUUGAAUACUCUGGCUGUACUCCCUCCCUCGUCCGCACCUCCCUCACUGACCGCUGCUUCCUCGCACUUUCCCAGGCGCUCUGGCACGGCCAGGGCAGCGCUCUGAUUGGUCCAGCUGGCACGGGGAAGACGGAGACGGUCAAGGCGCUCGGGCGGCAGCUCGGGCGGCCGGUUUUGGCGUUAUCUUGCGAUAGGAGCUUUGACAGUGCGGCGGUGGGGCGGGUUUUGGAGGGAGUGGCGAGGCUGGGCGCGUGGGGGUGCAUGGACGAGUUCAACCGGUUGGACGAGAGUACAAUGUCUGCGAUCUCGCAGCACCUGGUGGCGAUUCAGGGCGCGCUGAGGGAGGGACGGAGAGAGGCCGUGCUGGCUGGGACUGCCGUGCCCGUGCACCCUGCCACUGGUGAGUGGGCGUGGGUGGGUGUGUGUGUGUGCACCCUACUACUGGUGAGUGGGCGUCGGGGGAUGGGGGAAACAGGGUGGGGGUGCAUGGACGAGUUCAACAGGUUGGACGAGAGUACAAUGUCUGCGAUUUCGCAACAUUUGGUGGCGAUUCAGGGCGCGCUGAGGGAAGGAAGGAGGGAAGCCGUGCUGGCUGGGACUACUGUGCCCGUGCACCCUGCCACUGGCAGGAGGGAGGCGGUGCUGGCUGGGACUGCUGUGCUCGUGCACCCUGCCACUGGUGAGUGCGCGGAUAUUCUUCUGCUGUUGUGUGUGGACUGCUGUGUGUGCUCUGCAGGGACCAUGCCCUUUCCGUCACUAACCCAUACGCACCAUUCUCCACCCCCUCCCUUCAUCUCCCUCCCAGGCAUAUUCGUGACGCUCAACCCGCGCUAUGCAGGCAGGGACCACCUGCCUGAGAGCCUGUCUGCUCUGCUGCGACUUGCAGGCAUAUUCGUGACGCUCAACCCGCGCUAUGCAGGCAGGGACCAUCUGCAUAUUCGUAUAUUCGUGACGCUCAACCCGCGCUAUGCAGGCAGGGACCAUCUGCCUGAGAGCCUGUCCGCCCUCCUGCGUCCUCUGACAGUCGCCGUCCCUGAUGCAUGCGCCAUCGCCCAUGUGACUCUGCUGUCGUGUGGGUUCUCGCAUGCGGAGAGGCUGGCUGACGCUGCCACCCGCAUAUUCCAGGAGUCCGAGCAGUGCUUGGCCCCCCAGCCUCAGUACGACUUCAGUCAGAGAGCGCUCAAAGCAGCUCUGAGAUCUUCUCUCACUCUCUCAUUUCGCUCCUUCCUCGUCAUCCCUCUUGUCUACCUUGCCCCGCAGGAGUCUGAGGAAUGCUUGGACCCCCAGCCUCAGUACGAUUUCAGUCUGAGAGCGCUCAAAGCAGCUCUGAAAUCUGCUAGGUCUGUUAUGCUGGCGCAGACAGAAUUGGAGGGGGGUGCGAGUGAGAAUGAGGGUAAGGAGAGGAAAGAGGAAGUGGAAGAAGGUGCGAGUGAGAAUGAGAGCAAGGGGAUGAGCGAGGUGGUGGAAGGGGGUGCGAUUGAGGGGGAAAAGGAAAGGAGGGAAAGUGGUAUGGAGGAGGUGUGUGAGAGAGAGAUGGAGGUGAAGGGUGAGGAGGGUAGGGAGGAGGGAUGUGUGGAAGAGGAGGAGGGGGGGAGUGUGAGAUCAGAGGAGAAAGAGGAGUUUUACGAGGCAGAGGAUGGGGAGCAAGGGGGGGAUGAAGAGGGGAAGGAGGAGGGGAGGCAGGAAGAGGGGGAGGAGGAGGAGGAGGAGGAGGAGGAGGAGAAGGAGGAGGAGGAGGAGGAAGGGGAGGAGCCGGAGGUGAGAGAGGAGGUGUUGCAGGUGGAAGAAACAGAGGAGGGAGAAGGGGACGGAGAGGAGGACAUAGUAGAGGAGGUAAAGGAGGAGGUAGGGGCGGAAGAGGAGGAAGAGGAGGAGGAGGAAGAGGACGAAGAGGCCCACCGUGUGUCGAGAUGGCCGUUGGAGUCCCGAUCCCUAGUCCAGGGCAUUUUCGGCCAGCUGGCAGCCAAGCUGGCACCUGCUGACGUGGCAACCUUCCGGGAGGUGGUUUCCCGGAACCUUCCGGACGUGGCUGUGGAGGAGAUGGGCGACGCUGAGCUGACAGCGGCGGUGGAGGUGGUGUGUGAGAGGGAGGGGUACGUGGCGAGCUGUGAUUGGACGAGGAAGGUGCUGCAGAUGGCGAGGUUGAUGGGGCUGCAUCAGGGGAUCAUGCUGGUGGGGCCGCCUGCUGGGAAGACCACGGCCUGGAGAGAGAGUCUGUCCAAGGCACCACCCUCUCCCAAGCAGGCGCUCUUUGGGGGCGUUGAGGCAACCACCCUCUCCUUCUUCUCCCCCAUUCUCUCCUCCCCGCCUCCAGUGCUGCACAAGGCCCUGGAGGCAACGAAAGGGUCGCAGGUGUCGGUGACAGUGGUGGAUCCUAAGAGUCUGUCGCUCCCAUUCCCGCCUCCCCUUCUUGCAGUGCUGCGCAAGGCCUUGGAGGCAUCGCAAGGCGUGCAAGUAUCCGUGACAGUGGUGGAUCCCAAGAGUCUGUCCAAGGAGGCGCUGUUUGGGAGCGUGGAAGCCACCACGCGGGAGUGGAGUGGCAGGACGGCGUGUUCACCCAAGCCUCUACUCUCUACCCCCUCCCUACCCUCUUCUCUUCCUCCCCUUCCUACCCUUUCACCCCUGUCUGCAGUGCUGCGUGAGGCCUUACAGACAUCGCAAGGCGUGCAGGUGUCCGUGACAGUGGUGGAUCCCAAGAGUCUGUCCAAGGAGGCGCUGUUUGGGAGCGUGGAAGCCACCACGCGGGAGUGGCAGGACGGCGUGUUCACCCGGGCUUUAAGGGCCGUCGUGCGAGAGUAUGAGGAGGAGAGGGAGCGGGAGACAGGGAGAGAUGGGGUGGCGGAGGGGGUGGAAGAAGAGGAAACGGAGGGCGAUAGGGAGAGGAGGGAAGGGAUGGAAGGGGAAGGGGAUGAGGGCGAUGGAGGAGGGGAGAUGCGGCAAAGAACAGGAGGGAAUGCGGGGAGGGGCGUGGAGUGGCGGCGGCGGCACUGGUUUGUGUUUGAUGGGGAGGUGGACCCCAUUUGGAUAGAGACUCUCAACUCACUGCUGGAUGAUAACAAGGUCAUGACUCUACCCACAGGAGAACGCCUGCCCCUCCUCCCCCACAUGCACUGCAUCUUCGAAUGCCCCUCUCUCGCUCACGCCACUCCCGCCACCAUCUCUCGUCUCGGAGUGGUCUGCUUCCCCCACUCCCUCCUCUCCCUCCCCAUGCUCCUCCACCGCUUCCGCUUCCUCCUCCCCCCCAUGCCCUUCCCCCCACCCUCCUCCUCCCCGUCCUCUUCAUCUCUUUCCCCUCUCCCUCCCUCUCUCUCCACCACAACAACACCUGCACCAGCUACCCCCGCUACCACCACCACCACUACUCUCUCUUCGUCCCACUCCUCCCACUCCUCCCACUCCUACCUCUCCUCCCACUCCUCCCACUCCUCCCUCACCUCCUCACUCUUCUCCGCGCCUCUCUUCCUCCCCUCGCGCCUCUCCCUCGGGAUUGACGCGCCAGACGAGCAUCUGGAGCUGCUGCCGCCUGGCCUGCCACAGCCGCUGCUACAGCCGGUGCUGGCUGUGGCGCUGGCGGCGCUACAGCCGGGCGGGCUGCUGCAGCAGGCUCUAGAGGCUGCUGCUGGUGUCAGUGGCGCUGGUACUGGUGCUACUGGUGCCAAUGCUGCCAGCGCUGCCUGUGCUACAGCCGUUACAGCUGCAGGUUCGGCCGAGGCAGAUUCCAUUCCCUUUGAUUCCAUGCGUGCCCUUCGCUCGGUGUUCUUGUACUAUUGCUACCGAACCUCGGACCUCUGCCGAACCUCCGCUUCCCAAGCCACUCCGAAGAAUGAUGCGCUUGAAACGGCUGGUGUGCGGAGCGGUGGGGGAGGGGUGAAGGGAGGUGCGAAUCGGUCUAUUGCGGUGGUGGGGAGAUUUACCAGGAAAGCAAUGGUAGAGGCAAUCAUGGCAGGGGUUGCAGGGGGAAUGGAUGCUACCUCUCGCUCUGCCUUUGCAGACCGAUUAGCUUGUGUUUUGGCGUCUGAAGGUGGGGGAAAAGAUGAGGUGGCAUGCCGUGCCACGUCAGAGCAGCUGCUGAGCUGUUUCGCUGACGUGGCGAGCGGCCAUUGGAAGCCGUGGGAGGCGGCUCUGCCUGGAUUGGCUGAUGCUGAUGCUGCUGUUGGGGGGUGCUUCGGGGAUGAGGAGGAGGUGGAAGAGGGAGAGGAGGGAAGUGAGGAGGAAGAGGAGAGGAGUAUGAGCUACAGAAGGAGUAAUUCUGUGUCUGGUCGGAGCAAUGGCAGUAUGGGUGUUACAAAGCAGGUUGGUAGACAGGCGAAGGGUGCAGCUGGAAAGGCAGGAAGAGAAGGAAGGGGAGGAUCAGGAGGGGUAAGAGGAGCAGGAGGAGCAGGAGCAGCAACAGGAGCAGCAGGUGCAGGAGUAGUGGCAGGAGCAGGAGGGGGAGGAGUAGACUCAACCACGGUUAUCCCCACAGCAGAGACAGAGCGGUUGGGUGCGGUGAUCAGGGCCAGUCUCGCCCAAUCACAGCCCAUCCUGCUCUGUGGCCCACCUGGGAGUGGGAAGACUCUCGCGCUGACAGCUGUCGCGCAGGCAUUGGCUACUGCUGGCGCUGACGAGGCACAGGCUGCUGCUGCCGCCGCUGCUGCUGCAGCUGGCGCUGCUGGUGGUGCUGGUGCUGGCAGUGCUGGUAGUGCUGGUGUUGGUGGUGCUGGUGGUGGGGUUGGAAUGGGGACGCAGCAGCGAAAGGAGAAGCUUUCGCAGAAGCAGCAAGAAGGGAGCAAGCAAUCGGCAGAGGCCGAGGUGGCGGCAGUGGCAGGGCCAAAGCUCCACGUGGCAGCUUUCAAUUUGUCACUGUCGACGUCUCCCGAGUCGUUUAUCGCUGAGCUGGAGCAGCACUGCCGCUACGUCAAGCUCCCUGCUGGUGGUGCUCGUGGUGCUGGUGUUGGUGUUGGUGGUGCUUCUGGUGCUGCUGCUGCUGCUGCCGGUGUUGGUGUUGGUGCUGCUGGUGGGUCACACGAAACAGCAGCAGCAGCAGCAGCAGCAGCAGCAGCAGCAGGAGUGGUUUCGACAUCAGCAUCAGCAGUGGCAGCAGCAGCCGCCACUUCCAGUGUUAACUGGGCGCUGGAGCCUAAGGACCCAGUACCAGCGGACGGCCGUCUGCUGCUAUUGUUAGAUGAGGUGAAUCUCCCCGCCCCUGACGCUUUUGGCACCAUCCGCAUGGCCGGCCUGCUUCGGCAGCUAGCGGAGCCGCAGCUGAUUCCGCAGGCGGCGGGCGGGGUGGGCGGCGGUAGUGGGGAAAGCAGCAGGAAUGGCGAUACGCACGGCAGAAGCAGCAAUAACGUUGGCAGUGGUGGUGGUGGUGGUGGUGCUGGCAGUGGUAGUAGCAGCAGCAGUGGAGGGAGCGGUGGGUAUGCGUAUGGGUUCUGGCACCCCAAGAGGCGCGUUUGGGUGCAACUGAGGCGGGUGUCAUUUGCAGCCACUUGCAAUCCGGCUUCAGACGUGGGCAGGCAUGAACUGCCUGUACGCCUGACCAGGCAUCUCACUGUUGCUCAUGUUCCGUUUCCGUCCGGCGCGGCUCUUACGAGAAUAUACAGCACGUUUAUAAGGGGGAUAUUGGCCCGGAACUGGCCUGGGGUGGCAGUGGAGGCGCGGGGGAAUCCUCAGGUGGUUUCUCAGGUGGAUUCUCAGGUGGUUUCUCAGGUGGGCGCGUGCCUGGCAGCGGCGAUGGUGGAGGUGUAUGAGGAGUGUGGGGUGAGGUUCACUCGGGCAGUGCAGCAGCACUACGUGUGCAGUCCUAGGGAGCUUACCAGAUGGACUAGAGGCAUCCGAUUCGCCCUGGUGCAUGGGCAGAAAGGGGUUCAGAGGGGUGGAAAGGGAGACGGGGACGAGAGGGGGGAGAAGGGGGCGGUUGAGAGGGGUGAAAAGGGUGGAGUGAGUGGGAAGAGUGGUAAGGGGCGUAUGGGUGCUGGUGGUGCGAGAUUGGGUGGUGGUGUGGGGCUGGUUGGAGCAACAAGUGCACAUACAGGCGUUGGCGGUGCGGCUAUCAUCGGUGGUGAUGGGGAGGGCAACUGGGCGGCAAGGCUUGUCCUGUCAUGGCUGCAUGAGGGAAUGCGCAUCUGGUAUGAUAGGCUGGUGAGGGAGGAGGAGAGGCAGUGGACGGCGAAGCUGCUGCUGCGGGUGGCAACAGAAAAGAUACUCCCGAUGCUCGUGCCUCUUGUAGGGAACACUCUUGUAACGAGUACAGGGAAUCCUGUAGCUGUUGCUGAUGGAGUUUCUGAUGGUGCUCCUGCUGUGCCUUUCUCGCUACCUGCCGACCCGAGCCGGUUGGUGUUUUCGUCGCUUCUGACGGGGCGGUACAAGCCGUGCGCGGUGAACCACCUGAAAAAGCACCUGAAGUGGGUCCUGACAGGGGAGGCCCCGGAUGCCGCAGGAGGGGCAGGUGCCGGCCAGGUGAAACCAGGUGUUUCUUCAGGUGCUGGGGCAGCAGAAAAGGCCGGGGACAGGAGAGGAGGAGCAGGAAAGCGGGCGUCAAGCAGCAGGGCAGGAGAGAUGGAGGAGGAAACUGGGAGGAGAGUAUUGGAAGAAUCGGAAGAACUGGGAGUGGAGAAGGGGGAGGAGGAUGCAGUGGAGGUGCAAGCAGGGGAGGUGGUAUUGACUGAUGAGUUUGUGUGUGCGGUGGUGAGGGCAGCAUCGGUGCUGCAGCAGCCCAUGGGGCAUUUGCUGCUGCUGGGUCCUCCUGCAACUGGGAAAUCGACCGUUGCCAGGGCGGCAUCGGUGCUGCAGCAGCCCAUGGGGCAUCUGCUGCUGCUUGGUCCUCCUGCGACCGGGAAAUCAACCAUUGCCAGGUGGGAGGGGCAGGUGGCACGGCACUCCCUCCAUGUGCUUCCUUUUGAGGCGCCUCAAAAGUCAUUCCUGUUUGCUUGUGUGUGUGUGAUCGCUGUGAUGGGAUUGGAGGAGGGGCGGGUGGCGUUCCCUCCAUGUGCUUCCUUGGUUGCCCUCUCCACUUACCCACGAUCCGCAAUCGCUGCGACGGGAUUGGUGGAGGUGCGGGUGGCGCUGCACGCGGGAUUCGAGGAGCGCGAGCUGGACGGCCCGCUGGAGGAGGCGCUGCGGGCGGCGGGGUGCGACGGGCGGCGCGUUUGUCUUGUUCUGGAGGAGGCGCAUCUGGUGGAGAGCGCUGUCUUGGAAAGGCUCAACUCGCUUCUCACGGGGGGGGACGUUCUUGGGCUGUUUGGAGCGGAAAAGCAGCAGGAGCUGCUUGAAUCCCUCCGGCAGCGAGGGGAGGGAGAGGGAAGCGAGGAGGCAGCAUGGGCAGGGUUCAGGAGGAGGAUCCAAGGGGACCUGCACGUGGUGCUGACGAUGACCAGCCAGGGCAGCGCGCACAUGCGCCAGAGCAUGCUGGCGUCCCCGGCUCUCUUCAACCGCUGCACUGUGCUCUGGCUGCCGCCCUGGGGGGACACGGGGCUUGCUCCGCUUGCUCAGAGUCGCCUCGCCGGUGUUUCGCUGGUUCACCCUGUCUCGGCCGCAGCUGCUGCAGCAGCAGGAGGAGCAGGAGGAGGAGUAGGAGGAGGAGCAGGAGGGGCAGGAGGAAGAGGAGACUCCAAGCAGAUUGAUAUGCCGGCUGAUUCUGCGGGUGGUGCUGCUGGUGGGGCUGGGGAAGCGAAGGAGAGGCAGCUGCUGGCGGAGGUUCUGGUGGCAAUUCAUGGCUGCGCUGUUAGUGCUGUUAGCGAGUCGCUCAAUAACAGAGCUUUUGGGAAGGCUGGGCUGGGAGGGGAGCAGCAGCAGGAGGGGAGCUUGCAGCAUUCCUUCUCCCCAGACUCUCUCAUCUCCCUCCGCUCCUUCUCAGACCUCCUCACCCACUUCCACUCCUCCGUCUCCCACUCGCACCGCCGCGCACACCGCACCUUCCAGCACCUCUCCCUGGGCCUCACAAAAGUCACAGCCGCAGAGCACCGCGUAGUACUCCUCCGAAAACACUUAGAACUCAAAUCGAAGGAGCUCCAAGUGAAAGAGUCUGCUGCGAACGGGAAGUUACAGCAGAUUGCGGCUGAGCAAGCGCUAGGGGAGAGGCAGAGGAAGGAAGCCCAGGGGCUGAUUGCGAGGUUGGACGAGCAGGCAAGGAGUGUGGAGAGGCAUAGGAGGGAGGCGCAGGAGAAUCUGGAAAGGGUAGAGCCGGCGGUUGAUGCGGCGAAAACUGCAGCCCCGGAGAGGCAGAGGAAGGAAGCUCAGGGGCUGAUUGCGAGGUUGGACGAGCAGGCAAAGAGUGUGGAGAGGCACCGGAGGGAGGCGCAGGAGAAUCUGGAGCGGGUCGAGCCGGCAGUUGAUGCGGCGAAAACGGCGGUGAAGUCGAUCAGGAAAUCCCAGCUGGACGAUUUGAAGGCCAUGCCGAAUCCACCGAGCGCCAUUAAGCUGCUAGAUGAUCUCAAGGCCAUGCCGAAUCCACCGAGCGCGAUUAAACUGGUGAGUGCGUGCAGGUGUGCUUGCUAUGCCAUAGGGUGGCAGGGUGUUCUCUCCGUGGUGCGCCAAAAUAGCUUCAUCUGCUCCACUCCCUUUCCCUUCUUCCCCACCCCACCCUGCCCUCUUCAACCAGACGCUGGAAGGAGUGUGUCUGCUCCUGACCGGCUUAAAGCCCUCCACGUGGCAGGGCAUUCUCUCUUGCUGACGCUCGAGGGCGUGUGUCUCCUCCUGACGGGUUUAAAGCCCACCACGUGGCAGGGCAUUCUCUCUGUCGUGCGGCGAAACGACUUCAUCCCCAAUAUACUGGGAUGCGAUAUGGAGGCCAUAGACCCCGUGCUGGUGCUGCGCGUGAAGCGAGAGUACCUGGAUGCGCGAGUGAUCUCAUUUGAUGCCGUCAACAGAGAUAGACCCCCCCAUUCAGUGCUGCGGGUGAAGAGGGAGCACCUGGACGCACGGGUGAUCUCAUUUGGUGCUGUCAACAGGGCGAGCAAGGCGUGCGGGCCGCUGUUCUCGUGGCUGGAAGCAGCGGUGCAGUAUGGGGAGAUCAUCCGGGCCGUGCAGCCCAUGAGGGCCGAGAUGGAGCAGCUGGAGGGGGUGAGGCGGGGAGCAUGGCGGAAGAAUUGCAACACGUGCAGGGCCGUGCAGCCCGUGAGGGACGAGAUGGAGCAGCUGGAGGGGGAGGCGGGGAGCAUGGCGGAGGAGCUGCAACACGUGCAGGUGGAGGGGGAGGCGGGCAGCAUGGCGGAGGAGAUUCAGCACGUGCAGGUGGGUGUGUGUGUGGGUGUGUGUGUGGGUGUGUGUGGGUGUGUGUGGGUGUGUGUGUGGGUGUGUGUGGGUGUGUGUGGGUGUGUGUGGGUGUGUGUGGGUGUGUGUGGGUGUGUGUGGGUGUGUGUGGGUGUGUGUGGGUGUGUGUGGGUGUGUGUGGGUGUGUGUGGGUGUGUGUGGGUGUGUGUGGGUGUGUGUGGGUGUGUGUGGGUAUGUGUGGGUAUGGUGGGUGGGUGUGGUGGGUGUGGUGGGUGUGGUGGGUGUGGUGGGUGUGGUGGGUGGGUGUGGUGGGUGGGUGUGGUGGGUGUGUGUGGGUGUGGUGGGUGUGGUGGGUGUGUGUGGGUGUGGUGGGUGUGGUGGGUGUGGUGGGUGUGUGUGGGUGUGGUGGGUGUGGUGGGUGUCUCGUACACCACUCUGCACCGCUCAUUCACUGCUCUUCACCUUCCACACCACCCCUCACCGGACUGCACCACCCUUCAUUUCUUUCAUGAGUCCAUUGGCAAUCUGGAGGAGCUCAUGGAAGCAUGCCGGGACGAACACUCCCUCCUCCUCUCCGCCUGCGAAGCCAUGCGCGCCGACAUCCCUAAGCCUCCUGUCUUCCCGUUCCCUUGCUCCUCUCGGCACCACUCUUCACCGCUCUGCACCAUCUUCAUUGCGUUCAGGAAUCCAUUGGAGUCCAUUGGCAAUCUGGAGGAGCGCAUGGAAGCAUGCCGCGACGAGCACUCCCUCCUCCUCUCCGCCUGUGAAGCCAUGCGAGCCGACAUCCACCAAUCAAAGCUCGCCAUGCAGCGAGCCGCCAGCUUAGUCAAAGACCUGACGUACGAGCGUGACCGUUGGAUGAAGCAGCGCGAGAUGCUCAAGAGUCGGGCGGCGGCGUGCUUAGGCGACGCUUUGCUAAGAGCCGCGAGUCUGGCGUAUCUGGGCCCGCUGGAGUUGGCUGAAAGGCAGCGGCUUUUAGCUAAGUGGCAGGAGGUGGUGGGUUCCCGCGGGUUGAAGUUCUCGCAAGGGGGUGUGCUGAGGGGUGAGGUGGGGUUGGAUGGGGUUCAAGAGAGGGGAGCGGAGGGGGGUGAGGAGGGGUGGGGAGGGGUGGAGGAGGAUGAGGAGGUGGAGGAGCGGGCGAAAUGGGAGGCGGUGGGGUUACCACAGGACGAGUAUGCGUUACAGAACGCAGAAUCGGUGCUUAAGUGCCGGAGGGUGCCUCUCCUUGUGGACCCUUCUGGAAGAAUGGUUGAGUUCCUUCGGAAGGUUCUCUCCUGCUCCGCCCCUGCUGCUACAGCUGAGACUGCUACAGACGGAAGCACCGAAUCCGCUACAGCCGAGUCUGUUAUAUCUGAUUCUGGUGCUACAGCCAAAAAUGUUCCUGGUUUGAGUGACAGCAAGGGUUCAUGGGAAGGGAAGCAGGAAGGGGGGGUGGUGUGUGUGAGUGCACAGGAGGAAGAGAGUGUGUUGGCACGAGCAGCGGAAAAGGCAGUCAGAUUCGGCCUCCCGUUGAUCAUCAGAGACGUUUCACAAAUGAGCUCUAUUCUCUCCUCCCUCCUCCUCUCCUCCCCCUCCUCCUCCUCAUCCUCCUCUCACUCCCUCCUCUCCUCUCCGUCCUCCUCCCUCUCCUCCCCAGCUCUCUCCCUCACUCCCUCCCUAUUUAAAAUCCGCCUGUUGAACCGAGAAAUCGACGUUUCCCCCUCCUUCCGCCUCUUCCUUACGACCGAGUCCCUCCUCCCUCCUCUCUCCCCCUCUCUCUUAUCCAAAACCGCGGUCGUAACCACCGGAAUCUCGCCCUCCUGGCUGCGUCAGCACCUGCUGAGCCGCGUGAUUGGCCGAGAGCGCGCUGACGUGGCGCAGCAGCGGGACCGGGCGGCGGCUCUGCAGGAGCGUUGCCGACUGAGAUUGCGACAGCUGGAGGGGAGAUUGCUUGAGGUGCUGACGUCACCAGAAGAGGACGGGACGGAAGCGGGAGGUGUGGUAACCGGGAGCGUGGCUGUGACUCCUGCUCGUGCGGCUGGAAGUGGUGGUGACGCAGCAGCAGUCAAGGCGAAGGCCAGAGAGGUGCGGCUGGUAAUGAGACAAGUUGACGCCGUCCGGACGCUGUACGCCCCGCUGGCGGACGUCGGCGCGGCGGCGUUUUUCGUCCUUUCUGGGGCGGCUGCCGCCCUGCAGCAGCCGCUGUACAGAUUCUCGCUGGAUUUCUUUCUGCGGGCGUUUGACGACGCGAUUUUGGCUGCUAGUGGUGAAUCAGGUGGGAAAUCAGCAGCAGAAGUAACAGUAACAGCAACAGUAGCAGCAACAGCAGAAGCACAGUCAGAAGGUGCUGUAGCUGUGAAGCCGAGAGUGAGGCAGCUGGUGGCAGCAGUAUUGAGUGAGCUUAUAACGAGGACAGCAGAGGCAACAGAGUACCGGCACCACCUGCCUGUGGCCCUUGCCCUAUCCCGCUGCGCCAGGCUGGCAGAUGACGUGGACUGGGUUGGCUUGGCUACAACUGUCGCUGCAAAGUUUGCUACAGGGUCUGCUUGUGCGAUAGGCACUGCUACAGCCCCUGCUACAGCUGAGAGUACAGGCAGAGCAGCAGGUGAUAUUUCAGCCGCAGUGAAAGAGGAGCUGCAGCGUACGACUGCUGGGGCAGCUUAUAGCGAGUAUGAGGUCAGGGGGUGUGCUGCAGUGGAGGCAGUGGUGGGGUUCGUGGAGUCAAUGGCAGUCAACGCUGGUCAAACGGACAUUGCUGGGCGGAGACUGGUGGAGGCUGUGAUCAACGAUGCAGUGGCAGAAGCACAGAGGGCAGUGGAAGGAGGGGUGAGAGCUGUAGCAGCAGGCCCUAGGGUUGUAGCAGUGGCAAUGGGUUCAGACGAUGCAGUGGCAGAAGCACAGAGGGCAGUGGAAGGAGGGGUGAGAGCUGUAGCAGCAGGCCCUAGGGUUGUAGCAGCAGGCCCUAGGGUUGUAGCGGUGGCAAUGGGUUCAGACGAUGCAGUGGCAGAAGCACAGAGGGCGGUGGAGACAGGGGCGAGGGAGGGGCGGUGGGUGGUGCUGUGCAAUGCCCACCUGGCCCUAUCGGUGCCCAGGCACGCUGCGUGGCUUCAGCUGCUGCUCAACUCGUUACAGUCACGUGCAAGAUCGACGGUGGACGGAGGCCGAUCGACGGUGGACGGAGGCCGAUCAACGGUGGACGGAGGCCGAUCGACGGUGGAGGCGGCUCGAUCCGUGCCAGUGCAUCAGGACCAGCAGCAGCAGAAGCAAGUGCCAGUGCAUCGGGAUUUCCGGCUGGUGCUGACAGUGGAAGCGGCGGGGGCGGCUGUGCGGCUGAUGCCUCCCAAGCUGGUGGAGGCGUGUGACGUGCUGGUGAUGGAGGCACCGGCAGGGGUGAAGGGCAGCAUGCAGCUGGUGGAGGCGUGUGACGUGCUGGUGAUGGAAGCACCUGCAGGGGUCAAGGGCAGCAUGCAGCUGGUGGAGGCGUGCGACGUGCUGGUGAUGGAGGCACCGGCUGGAGUGAAGGGCAGCAUGCAGCUGGUGGAGGCGUGCGACGUGCUGGUGAUGGAGGCACCGGCUGGAGUGAAGGGCAGCAUGCAGCUGGUGGAGGCGUGCGACGUGCUGGUGAUGGAGGCACCGGCUGGAGUGAAGGGCAGCAUGCAGCUGGUGGAGGCGUGCGACGUGCUGGUGAUGGAGGCACCGGCUGGAGUGAAGGGCAGCAUGCAGGUGAGCCUCUCUCGUGUUGCUGUCCCCUUUCUCCUCCCACUGGUUUGA